GCAGGGUUCGUCUUUAUCAUAAUAAGUAAUCAGGCUGAAAGAUGUAGCUAUUAAGCACUUUACACACUUUAAACGAUUCCAGGGCCCCGGCACGCCGGGCUCAGGAGCUCUAAUCCUCGAAGCCUCGGGGAUUCGGGGCUUUUUGCUCGUAACGCACGCUCCGGGCGUGACGCGGAUUUAUUUCGUUGAGUUCCUCGUAGCCGAGUUUGAUAGAAGCAGGUGCAUUCUUAGUUUUUUAUAGGUGAUCCUGUGGAACCUGGCCUGAUGUCUAUGUUUCGCCUUUGGCGAAAUCGGUUUGUGAUUCGCCAUCCAUCCAAGUGCGAUCCAUGUUCGCGAUAUUUCAGCAGCCGAACAGAAUUUCCUGCGCCGCGUUGUCUGACCGGAUGGAGUUUUGAUGACAAUCGGGACCAAGUUAGUGGUUUAGUGGUUGGCAAUGCGUUGUUGGAUGGUGAUUAUCGUAGUUCGUGGCCACAUUUUCGCGCGUCGCAACAGCUUGGGUUGGCAAACACGCUCGCAUAUCUGAAGGGUGGGUUUGACGAACUGCCGCGCAGUGUCAUUGAGCCACCGACCUCAGGACCGCAUUUACCGGAGACGUUGGUCUACGAAAUGAUUAGAGAGAGCCGUCGAGCCGCUCAGGCACGGUUUCGGAACGUUUCGGAUUCCACCGCGUCUCAGUCGGAUGAAAUUGAAAGUUCGUAUCCUAAGGAGACAGUAUUUUCAAGAAUGUAUGACAUGAUUUGCCCUUUACCAUCUUCCAAGGGUGUGGCGUCGAACGCCAAUCAUCGGAUGGCUCAUGUUGUCGCGCGCGCGUUUGGCAGCAGUCUGGAAGAUAAUGAUCAGACAAUUUCAUUUGGAGAGCAUCCCGUUUCCCUCGCUUUAUGCAGAAGAAAACACCCAAUGGAGUGCAAAUCGACGAAGCUGGAUCGUGAUAAGCGCCAGAAUCGUGAUGCCCCUCGGUUAUUACAUUUUAGCACUAUGGCGUUGGACAAACAGGCUUGCAAGGAUCUGUAUGGACGUUGCGUACUAAUGUGGGACGAUGUCGUGACGUGGGGAAACACUUCAGAGGCUGUAAGAAAUUUAUUGUUGCUCGCUGGCGCCGCGCGUGUUGAUAUAUUGUCUGCUUUCAGCACUGGCCCGGCGAUGAACACUUACGUGUACGAAGUUAAAGCGGGAAGAGAUUCCGAGGCCGUGUUAUUCGGAGAGCCAGACUCGGAUGCCUUCCAGAAGCGUUGCGUUUCUAUGGUUGCAAAGAGUCCCAUUGACUGGACGCCGCAUUGUUUGGAAAGUCCCACGAAGGUCUGGCAUGAUGAUCUGGGAAAGUGGAUCGAGUCAGGAUGGCCGGCGUUUGUCCCAAAUAACGCCCCAUUUUGA